CCGUCGAGCUCGCACGUUAUGUUUGAGAAAUCGAAACAUAUUAAAUCAACUCCAAAUGAUCAAGUGUAGAAAAGUGAUAUAUUAUGUGUACGAAUCAUAACAAAUUUUAGUGUUGAACGUUUGCUGUCCGAUAUAUCCAGUCAUUCACAGCAGAAAUUUUUAAGUGAAUGUGAUGAUUGUGGUUUAAAAGAGUUAAAUGAUUCUAUUGAAGCGGAUUUCAAGCAUCAUGGAAACAACGUUUCAUCAAUUGAACAGACCACGCAAUUUGAACCAUCUAAUGCAGAUCAGUGUGAGAACUCAGAUAUCAUACAAGUUAAACGACCGCUACCGAUGAGGCCAAAGCCGAUUAGUAUAGGUAUCAAAAUUGACACACCAUUCGAAGUGACAUCAUAUGAGAAGGGUUUCCAAGGAGCUCAUCAGCAUCCUCCUUCUACAGCACCAGGAGAUGAAAGCUACAGCAUGUUCCAUGAUUGUCUAGUCAAUGGUGUGCACCAUCAAACAAAAGCGUUCAAAUUAGGAGAAACUGAAAGCAGCAGAAAGGGAAAACGGUCUUGGUCUAGAGCAGUUUUUAGCAACCUGCAGAAAAAAGGACUUGAAAGAACGUUUCAGAAGCAGAAAUACAUAACCAAUCCCGACCGAAAGCGCUUAGCUGCGAAUCUAGGAUUGCAUGACUCUCAGGUUAAGGUGUGGUUUCAAAAUCGACGAAUGAAGUGGAGGAAAACUGUUAAACCGAUCAGUAAGCAGACAUCUAUAGAAGUUCCCAAUGAAACAGAGUCACAAAGUUGCGGAGAGUCUUCCAAUGAGAUAGACAGUGAUGACGACGUUAUAAUUGAUUAGUGCACAUGAAAGUAUUCCAUAUUAUAUUUUGUAUUUAAAUGUUCAUAUUAUUAUAAGAAAAUAAUAACCUAGAUCAUUUUUUUCUUGAA